AUGACUUCUCCUACUAAAGAAGGAAGUGAUCCAACUGACAAUGCUCUCGAAAAUUCAGAGAAUGAGGCUCCAAAUACAGAUACAGAGCCUUCAUCUGCUGAAUCUAAUAUGAUGUCUCAGGUGGAAAGCACGCCAAUAAACAGGGAGCUAGACCUACCAACCUCUCAGGAGCAUGCUGCUCCUCAAGAAGCCGAAAAUAAUAAGCUUGAAGCAGAGAAGAACCAAGGAGAUCCUCAAGAAGCUGUAAAAGAAGAAGAGUCCCUUCUAAUUCAGAUUCCCAUUCCUAGAAAGUGGAUCUUCCUCAUGUCAGGAUUAGGGAGAAUUACCCCUCUGAAUACACUAGUGAAAACUGAUGGAAAGAAACCCUUAAAUAACAGAGCAAGAUUCUGCUUAGGAAACAUGGGAAAACCAAGUAAUUUGUGUUAUUCCACCAUAAAUUACAAAGUUCCUUACCAGUUCUCAAUUUCAUGGAGAAGGCCAUUCAUUAGUAGGCAUGUGGUGAGAAGCAUGACUCUUCAUCUGCUAUGUAGGAGAUAUUUCUCUCAGGCUGCAGGUCAUCGAAAUACCACAUGGGUAAAGCAACAAUAUGUGGCAUUUCUUACAAAUCCAAAUGUCCACCCUCAUGGGGAAAGAGCCAUAAUAUUUCGAAGACCUUCAAGGAUAUUCUGCUACCGUCCUCUCCUUGAGAGAAUAAUAUUAAAAAGAAUGUCCGAAUCAACUUAUACUAAAGGGAAAAAGAAUUUCCACAUUUUUGUAAGGUCUGUGCACUAUAUCCCACGGGCCCAUUUUGAAAACGCAUUUAAUAGAAGAGUUUUUGAGAGUCAUUUGAGAUCACACCAUAACAUGAGGGUGGUGAUCAGAAAUACCAGUGACGGUUGGAAAUUCCUAUGUCCCAUUUGUGGGAGUAGUUUCAACACUUUCGUUGAAUUUAGACAGCAUUCUUGCAACUCUCCUGGGAAUUAA